AUGUCUUUAAGGUUGCAAGAAUGUGUAAUUACAUUAAAUGAUGCAGUCGAUAAUGAAGGUGAGUUGGUACAUUGUGUUUUGUAUGUAGAUGUCGAACCAGUCAAUGCAACUGAGGCAUUGAAGGAUUUGAAGUGGGUAAAAGCUAUGAAUGAGGAAUUGAAGUCCAUUGAAGUCAACAACACUUGGUCACUUGUCGAAUUUCCUCAAGGCAAUAAGGCAAUUAAUGUGAAGUGGGUAUACAAGGUGAAAUUGAAUCUGAAAGGAGAAAUGGAUGUAAAAUGUGCAUUCCUAAAUGCCUCCUUAAAUGAAGAAAUAUAUGUUGCACAACCAGUUGGGUUUGUGAAACAUGGACUUAAGCUCUAUAUGGACUUAAGCAAGCUCCAGGAGCUUGGAAUAAGAAGAUACAUAGUUUCCUAA